GCCAGUGGCGCGCGCUGCGGACCCGGAAGGAAGCGGCAGGCAGUGGUGCUUGAGAGGAGGCUGCAGCCGCUGUCACGGAGAGAAUCGGCGGCCGCUGUAUACUGACGCCAUGAGUGGGCCUGGCACGGCCGCCCGCGGAGGGAGGGACACUUUGCACGCGUCUUCUGGACCCAUAAAUUCCGGAGUCGGGAUAGUCUCCGGUCCCGGAGCGGCGGCCCGGUCUCUGCACGUCGAGCUGCACACCCAGCAGAGACGCCUGCGCCACCUGCGUUCCAUCGCCGCCAGGAACGUCGUCAGUAGAAACGGCUACCGUCUCCUCGACACGUACUUCACGCUUCACCUGUGCAACGACUCCAGAAUGUAUAAAGAAUUUUACAAGAGCGAAGUCGUCCGGGACUCUCUGAACCCCACGUGGCGAAGUCUUGAUUUCGGUCUGGUGCCCGACCGGCUGGACACGUCCGUGUCGUGUUUUGUGGUGCGGAUUUGGGGAGGGAAGAAAGAAGUUUACCGGCUGCUCAUUGAGUGGAAAGUGAAUCUGGAUGGCCUGCGAUAUUUGGGUCCUCAGAUUCGCGCCUGUAACCCCAACGAAAUCAUCUUUGGCCUGAAUGAUGGUUAUUACGGCGCUUCGUUUGAAAGCAAGAGUCACACAGAGUCCCAGAGGAACAGCCAUCUGCAGGUGGAUCAGAGCUGCGUCCGGAACUCGUAUGACGUCUUCUCGUUGCUCAGACUUCAUCGGGCUCAGUGCGCAAUCAAACAAACUCAAGUAACCGUCCAAAAAGUGGGCAAGGAAAUUGAAGAGAAACUACGCUUGACUUCCUCCAGCAACCAGCUGAAGAAGGAGACGGAGUGCCUGCGGCUCAAGAUCCUGGUGCUUCACGACGAGCUGGAGAGACAGAAGAGGGCCCUGGGCCGAGAGGGCGAUCUCUUACACAAAGAGCAGAAAGCGCUGCGAGACAGACGAAAUACGUUUAACGCGGAACACGAGAAAUUACAAAAGCAGAAAGAAUCUCUGAGUGAGCUGAGGAAAGAAUCCACGGCGAAAAGGGAAUCCUUCCUGAAGACCAACGCUCAGUUGACCAUCCGUUGCCGGCAGCUGCUGUCUGAACUUUCCUAUAUUUAUCCCAUCGACGUGCACGACCAAAAGGACUAUUUCAUAUGCGGCGUGAAAUUACCGAAUUCAGAGGAUUUUCAAGCAAAGGAUGAUGGGAGUGUAGCGGUGGCGCUGGGUUAUACGGCCCACUUGGUCUCCAUGAUAUCCUUCUUUCUGCAAGUCCCCCUGCGGUAUCCCAUCCUCCACAAGGGCUCCCGAUCCGCCAUCAAAGACAACAUCAACGACAAGCUGACGGAGAAGGAACGAGAGUUCCCUCUGUAUCCAAAAGGUGGAGAGAAGCUGCAGUUUGACUAUGGAGUCUACCUCCUCAACAAAAACAUAGCCCAGUUAAGGUAUCAGCAUGCGCUGGGCACGCCGGAUUUACGCCAGACUCUCCCAAACCUAAAAACCUUCAUGGAGCAUGGGCUGAUGGUCAGAUGUGACCGGCAUCACAUUUCAAGUGCCAUCCCGGUUCCAAAGAGACCGCCGAGCGCCACGUUCGAAGGCCAAGACGUCGGUUUCUCCAGCAGGACGCCCACCCCGGACAAGGGACUCCGCAAGCGAGCCAGCUCGGAAAACGAGAGGCUGCAAUACAAAAGCACUCCGCCCGGCUACGUACCGGCAGGGGCCGAACCCGUCGCCAUCGUAGUCCCCGUGAAAGAAGUCAGACGGCACGCGUCCUCGUCUCUGGACGCCAGCGCGGACGUCUCCAAGGAAAACGACUUCUCCGAGAGCCUUAACUGUGAUAGCGCAGCGACCAACGAUAGCAACGACCAAAGCCAGGGAGAAAACUCCUCCGACAACUCCUGCUCCGUCAACGGGACUCUGCUUCAGAGCGAGCGAGCGGACUGCGCCAGGGCCGAGCCUCCUCACCACCCCGCACAUUCCCCGCAAGCCGGCGGUUUACUCUGCGCCGUGGAGCAGGCGGAGGAGAUCGUCGGCACCGAAGGCCAGCUGGAGGCCUUCAACAGCAUCCCCGUGGACCACGCCGUGGCCGUGGAGUGCGACGAGCAAGUUCUGGGCGAGUUUGAGGAGUUCUCGCGAAGGAUUUACGCACUGAGCGAAAACGUGUCCAGCUUCCGCAGGCCGCGCAAAAGCUCCGACAAAUAAACAGACCCCGGCGGCUCCCGGCCCCCCGAGACAAAGCUCUUUGCACAUCACGCGUUAUUAUUAUUAUUAUUACAUUCCUUCCGAAAAGACUGAGCGCUUCAAAGGCUGUUCUUCUGGUGGUUGAAAGAAUAAAGACCUUUCGAUGUGAGGC